AUGAAAGUCAACAGCGGACACCAUAGCGGACACCCUAAUCGCAACAUCCGUUACUAUGACAGCGAAGGGAAUGAUUAUGACAAAAAAGAAGGUGGCGAACCAAUUUUGGGCGAAUUGCCUUACCCUAAUAAGUCGAGCGCAGUGCUUAGGGUUAAAUCAGUCAAGUGCAGCACUUAGGGUUAAAUCAGUCGAGUGCAGUGCUUAGGGUUAAAUCAGUUGAGCGCAGUGCUUAGGGCUAAAUCAGUCGAGUGCAGUGCUUAGGGCUAAAUCAGUCGAGGGCAGUGUUUAGGGCUAAAUCAGUCGAGUGCAGUGCUUAGGGUUAAAUCAGUCGAGUGCAGUGCUUAGGGUUAAAUCAGUCGAGCGCAGUGCUUUGGGCUUAAUCAGUCGAGUGAAGAGCUUAGGGCUAAAUCAGUCGAGGGCAGUGUUUAGGGCUAAAUCAGUCGAGGGCUGUGGUAACUUAUCCUCGCUUGAAGUUACAGUUGAGUGGAUAUAGUAAUGAAACAGGUUAAAGUUCGAGAGACCAUAGUGACGUCACCCACCAUUUGCUGAUUCAGCAGAAAUUGUUUCUAUUUUUAGACGAUGACGUCAUUAUUUUGACUAGAACAGGUAUAAAAGACGGAUACCAACCAUGAAAAAUCAUUUGAGAUCAUUGUGUUCUUGUGUAAAGAUCGAUCAUGUGCAAAGCAACGUAUCCACGAGCUUGUCCUACAUGCGGGAAGACAAUCAAGAACAGGGGAAAUUUCUUUCGUCAUAAGAAACGUUGUGGGACUUCAGAGCAUCGCGUUCAAUGUCUACACUGUCAUAAGACAUACUCAAGAAAAGACGAUUUGAAGAAACAUGUUCGUAAGGUCCAUUCCGAAGCAGGAAAGCGAAAAGCAGAAGAGUCGGCUGAACUAUUACGCCUUGAGUUAUUGCAUUCAGACAAAGUUCCAACACUAGUCAGUGAUGAAAGUCAGCAGGGUGGCGCUGUGAGUACUCGAAGUAUGAAAAAAGACCCCGAGAGUGUAAAGGAGGACCUAAAACCUAUGAAAGACGAAACACGGGCAGUUAAAAGAAAAUUAGAAGACGACAUGGACAUGUCUCACCAGUUGGAUGAUGGCAGUGACGACUUUUUGGUAGAGAGAGCCAAUCGUUUAGAGCUGUCUGAGAAUCCUUUGUUCAAAGCCAAUCUCACGUUUCUACCAUACAAACGGCAGGGUUUGAAGGGUGCAGUCAAGAAAGAACAAUUUUCCGUCACGUUUGAUCAGUUACGUAAACCCACAGAAGAGGAAUCAUUGGGAGAGGGUUUGUCAGAGUCCCUGUUUGAAGCGGUAAGGAACACGAUCCUAAACGAAAACCUGCAGGAUUCAACAAAAGUUCAUCUGACUUUAACCUCAAAGGAACAUUCCAACGGCACUGUAAAUUCGGGAUAUUUAUUCCACGUAAAAUAUGGCAUCCCAGUCCAAGAGUUUGUGAAACGUGGUGAUUAUGUACAUGCUAUGUUCGAGUCACUGGCAAGAAAAAUGAAUAGCGCUCAAAAUAUGAAUCCAGCCAUUGGGUUCAAUGCCACUCUCACAUUUAUCACCUACCCUGACAAAGGAGGCAAAGGUAGAGCUUCUAAAAAUCCAAACAGAUUACCCUUUGAUUUGAUGCACAAAAAGAAAGACUCUAUGAUCAAGAUCAAAAACACAGAUGACUUAUGUUGCGCCCGUGCAAUCAUAACGAUGAAAGAGUACGUGGAUGGCGAUCGUGACAAGCAAUAUGAUAAUCUACGAAGAGGUAGACCUAUUCAGGAACGCCUAGCUAAGCAGCUUCACCAAGACGCGGGUGUACCAGAAGGCCCGUGUGGUUAUGAGGAACUAGAAAAAUUUCAAGCGUUUCUAGGACCCCAAGGCUACAAAAUCAUCGUGGUAGAUUACGUCUCUUGUGCCUGUCUUUUUCAAGGCAAAGUGGAUCAGCACAGCAAAGUCAUUUAUUUGCUUAAACACGAGAAUCACUACAAUGGUUUAAGAAGCAUGAUUGCUUUUUUGAAUCGGUCCUACUUUUGCCCUGAUUGCUGUAAAGGGUAUGAUGUAGACGACGCAGCAAACCAUUCUUGUAGAGGUCGUAAUUGCACUAGUUGUCAGCGCACACGUUCUCAGAAAAAUAAAGGAGGCUGCCCAGAUUUUUCCCCAGGCAAGAAACGUAUCAUUCACUGCAAAGACUGCCAGCGUGAUUUCUAUGAUCCAGACUGUUUCAAAGCCCAUAAAGAACCAAAAGGCAAGAAAAAAGUCAGUCUUUGUCAGAAACUAAAGAAGUGUCUAAAAUGCUGUAAAGUUUAUAAAAUGAAUCCAAAGCAGCAACACAAAUGCUACCACGACACUUGCCGUCACUGCCAUGAAUUUGUUGAAAUAUACAAUCACAAAUGUUACAUCCAACGUGUUGAAGAGGCAGACGAUGAGGAACACGAUGAUGAUAAUGAUGACGAGGAAAAGAAGCUACCACCUCUCAUGGUGUUUGCUGACAUCGAAUGUUUGAUAAAACCCACAGAGCAGGGAAAGCAGUUAUUCAUAGCAGAUUUGAUUCGAUAUGCUACUGAAGAAGAUCCACACAAUGUUUCUCAUGCCUUUAGUGGCGAAACCUGCAUUGAACAGUUCAUUCAAGCCAUGAAUCAACUAACAGAAGUGGGAGACAAACAGCGCGAUUUAUUUAUCAUUUUUCACAACCUCAAGGGUUUUGAUAGCAACUUUAUCAUCGAGGAACUUUACCGUAAGGGUAUUAAGGUGGAAAACCAGCUGACGACGGGCGCCAAAACCCUGAAGUUUCAUUACUGGUAUCUGGACGCCAUGAUUACCUUCAAAGAUUCACUUUGUUUUCUCCCAAUGCCACUGGCCGAGUUGCCUGAAACAUUCAAUUUCGUCGAGCUUCAUAAAGGUUUCUUUCCGCAUGCGUUUCAUACAAGAGAGAGUUUAACUUACAGGGGUCGUCUACCGGCAAGACACUAUUUUCAGCCACAAGCAAUGAAGCAAAAGAAACGAAAAGAGUUUGACACUUGGUACGCGACUGAAUUGGCAAGGAAUGAAGAAUAUAUCCUCUGGGAGGAGUUAAACAAGUACUGCCAUUCUGAUGUAAUGGUCUUGAAAGCUGCCUGUCUGAAGUUUAUACAAGAAUUUAAAGAGGAAGCAGGGUUUAAUGCUAUAGAAAAAUGUGCCACCAUUGCUUCUGCAUGCAAUUUAUUCUGGCGAAGAGAUCUUAUCCCCAAGGAUACCAUUGCCAUAGAACCAUUGAAUGGCUGGUGUGGUGCUAAUGUGAAUCAAAGUACAGCAGCACUAGAAUGGUUAUGUUUUGAAGAUUUUAAACUAGGAGAAAAUAAACUACGCCAUGUCCGCAACGGGGGAGAGCAAAAGGUGAUCACACAAGGCGAGGCUCUGUUUGUCGAUGGCUAUGACGAAACUACCAAAACGGUCUAUGAAUUUCAUGGUUGCUUUUAUCAUGGGUGUGUUAAAUGUUUCCCAAACCAUCGCUACAGGAAACACAAUUGUCAUCCAGAUCGUACCAUCUCAGAAAUCUAUGAAGCCACCUGUAAAAAGACACAGAAGUUACGUCAAGCAGGCUAUACGGUGAUUGAGAAAUGGGAGCAUGAUUUUGAGAUUGAGAAGAAGACAAACCCCACUCUCAUGGAAUUUUUGACGACCUUUCAGCUGUCUGGGCCAUUGAACCCUAGAGAUAGCUUCUUUGGUGGUAGAACCAAUGGAGUGCGUUUACAUUGUGUUGCAGCAGCAGGAGAAGAAAUUCGCUAUGUAGACAUCAAUUCGCUUUACCCGUACGUCAACAAAACAAAAACGUAUCCAGUGGGUCACCCCGAGAUUUUGGUCAAUCCAACAAAUCAAGAUAUUGGCAGCUACUUUGGCAUAGCAAAAGUCAAGAUUCUCCCACCACCCCAUUUGUAUCAUCCAGUACUCCCCGUCCACAUUGGUGGCAAACUCAUGUUUCCUCUAUGUACACAAUGUGUAAAGGAAGAAUUGGAAAAACAAUGGUUGACUCGUACAGCGGUUUGCACCCACACUGCAGAGGAACGCUGUAUAACGGGCACUUGGUGCACACCCGAGUUGCAGAAAGCUGUGGACCUUGGUUACAAGAUCCUAAAAAUUCACGAGGUGUGGCAUUUUUCUGAAAAUCAGCGCAAAGAG